GGCACCUGCUGAAUUUCCGUAAUAUCCGGAUGAACAUUAUUACGUUUCAAAGCGUUUAGUCGAUCCUGAUUAAGUCGCCAAGGUGCAUGUUCAAACAACUAUGGCGUCCAAAGACCGACUAGAUGACCUGAAUCUUUCUUCAGACGAAGUUAAGCGUAUUGGAGAGGCUCUGAAGAAUGAAGAAUUUAGAAAACUAUUUGUGGAAUACGCGCAAGAAAUAUCUGAUCCUGAAAAUAGAAAGAAAUAUGAGGAAGAGAUCGCCCAAAUGGAAAAUGAACGAGGGAUGAAUGUCCAGUUUGUACAUCCCCAGCCUGGCCAUUGCAUCAAAACCAGUGUUGACGGUAAUACGAAGGCAUUUAUCAACAUCUGUACCAAUGAUAAAAUAGAUGUUCCGACCUCCACACCUCAGGUGAGUCCUGAUGGUCGCAGGGGUUUACAUUGGCAAAUACCACAUUCCUUUUCCCCACCGAGGGAUGAUAUUGUAAAAUCUGGUGGAAAAUGCAAAGUCUUCGACGUUGUAUUUCAUCCCGAUACCUACAGAAUGGGAGAGAAUCCAAGAUUCAUGAAACUUGUUGAAGACACUGCUAUAGAAGGGAUUGAAAAUCAAUUUGGCGUAAAAAUUGAUAGAAAAAAUCUGAAAUCAAUGCAAAUGAAGUACAAAGGCGUGCCUGUUGCAACUGUCAUUCGAUCAAAGUCUGAUAAACCAUCUGAAAAAACUGCUAAUGAAGAAAUUGACAGUGUUUUGAAGAACUUACCAUAUCCAUAUGAUGAAAAAACAAGUGCCCAAAAAAGUGAAGAAAUGCGAGAAAAGGUAAAAAAUAAGAAGAAUAUAGAAACCCAAAGAAAUAAAUCUAAGAUUCCAGAGAAAAGAGAGGGGCCAACUGAACCCAAGUACUCCAUCACCCACAGGUCAAAUAUUGACUUUCAGGAGUAUCGUAAUGCUCCAGAUGCCAAGACCAGUACAAGACCAAAUGAGUUAGAAAUCAAAAUUGAACUACCGCUGCUGGACUCUGCAAGACAGGUGGAGCUUGAUGUCUUUGAAAGAAGAUUAACUUUGUCGUCAGAAAAGCCAGCAGAAUACAAGUUAGAUCUCAAUCUUCCAUACCCAGUGGAUGAUGAGAAAGGGUCUGCAAGAUUUGACAAAAAUAAACAUUGUUUGAUUGUAACUUUACCAGUAUUACCACAAGAGCAGUUAGAGUUGCCAUUUUCUGGAACCAAAAAUGAAGAACCCCAAGAGGAACAGAUUUUACAAAACCAGGAAAAAGAUGUACCAAAAUUGAUUGAAGAAAUUCCACAAGAUGAUGACUUACCAGAUUUAGAAGAAAUUGAUGCUGCAACAGAAGUUCCCUCUUCACUCAAGAAUGAGCAACCAAAGGAAGAGACAACAACUUCGCUUUCUGUUCCCAAAAUUGCUUAUGGCUUUCCAGACUUUACAUUUAGCCAAGACACAGAGGCAGUUGCAUUUGUUUUAAAUGUUUGGAAUGUCUCCUCUGAUUCUAUUUCAGUAACUUACUUAUCUUCUUGCAGUUGUCAGGUUCAGUUUGUAUCAUUGGGAUCAGGGGGGUUUCCCAUAUAUUAUAGGUUCAUUGUCAAGUUUGAGGAAGGUUGUGACAUUGUACCAGAGCAUUGCUCUACAGAUGUGAAUGAUGCUAAUAUUGUACUGACUAUCCUAAAGGAAAAGAAAGCAAGAAGACACUGGGAUAAGUUCUAUGCAGGCAGCAGUGAAGGUCAACUUCAGGAAUACUUGUUCGUUACUGAGAAAAAUCUUCAGACAGAACUCAAUCAACUGACCACAGAGCCCGAGGAAGAGACUGAACAGUCAGAAAAUACACCCACAGUUGUUGUGACUGAAAUGAAUAAAAAGAAGUUGGCAAUAAAGAUCAAGAAAAAUAAGCAGCAAAAUGUAAAAGCAUCGCAAUCAUCUUCAUCGAGCAGUAGGACUGUGACCCCACUGACCGAUUCUGAGGAGGAAGAACUAGCAUCAGUUGAUCCAGGUCCACCAUCUGCAGACAUCAAGGUAGUUCAUGAUCUGGAAGUUCCAAAUCUACAUGGAAUCUUGAAGCAGCGUUCGGUGUCGGAGUCCAGCGAGGACUUAGCCAGCUCUAAUAGCAGCUGUAGUCCCACCAGUCCAAGAGAUGAGCUGUUUGGAUUCAAGAAGUCUGUCAAGUUCAAUGACCACAUAGAUCAGACAACGUUCCGCACAGGUGCUGCUGUCACCUCCAUGACAACUGCCCUGAAGAGCAAACGGCGCAGAAACAGGAAGAGAGAGGAAAAGAAAAAUGGCCGCCAGCGACUCAACAGUGGAGGAUCAGAGGGAACAUCUAGUGGAGAAGAACUAGAGGCUAGGCAGGCUUUAGAGGAGGAAGAAAUCGCGUUGAACGGUGACCAUCAGGACAGAGAAAAUGAGGAAGAUGUGAAAGAGAGCGAAGACACACAAGAUCAGAUCAAUGAAGAUGUUGCAGAAGAUAUGAAAGAAAUGGGAAAGGGAGAUAAAAUUAGCUCUAAUGUGAUAGAGACGUGUAAAGUGGCCUCGGAGAGUGUUGAAAGCAAGCUUGUAAAAAGCAUCAAGGAGAAAUUGUCCAUGUCUAAGUCUGAGCAAGGCAAUGAUAGUGAUGAUGAUGGUGGAGAAGAUGAUGAGAGUGAUCAGAAGGAAAAGGAAGUUCAUGUGAUAAUCAAAGACGAACCUUUAGAUUAUCGGACUAAACCGAAAAAUCUUGGUGAUUCUAAGCAAUCAAAUUUCAUGGAGCAGCUUGAUAAGUCAGCCACUAUAUCUGCCAAGCAGAAUGGUGAAGAUUCUGGAGUGGAGAGUGGGAUUGAAGGGCCAGGGGAUUCCUCGGAGAAGCAAGAGGAGGGGGCAAAGACUUCCCUCAGCUGGGAGGAGACGGCCAAGGUGGAUCCGGUGCCUGGGGGUGAGACCCAGACCCCCGGGACCACUGACCUGACCUCCAUGGAUCACAAGACCCAGUGUGCAUUCUCCUUCUCCAAUGCUAUCAUGUUUGAUCUCGAUGUUGACUAAGUCAACAUCAGUUUCAUCAACAACUCUUAUUAAAUGUUUUUGUAUCGAUUUGUACUUUAUUUCAAAUUUUCCCUUCUCCUUUUUGUUUUAAUUACAUGUACUUUGUUAGUUUGUGAUAGGUAUCUUUGUUGGACGGUGGAUGUUCAAUUCGUUGUAAUUGUUGCAUCAUUUGUAAAAACUGUGUUCAUUGAAAGGAAUAAAAAAUUUGACAUUUA